UUCUUAUUUUUAUUUUUACUCUUUUAGUGAUUUUGAGCAUAUAUUGUAGGUUGAAGUAUUCGUAGUUUGUGCUGAUUUAUUUUUACUUAUGUAAAAUCAUUUAUUAGAGACAUUGGCGAGGCCUUUUCUUUGGCAAUUACAUAUAUAUUUACAUACAUGCAUGAAACAUCGUUAAUUCCCCGUUUACUUUUUCAUAAAGCGGUUUCUUCGAGAUAAUACAUAUUCAAUUGUCACAAGCAUCUUUAUUAAUACUCUAAUAAAUUUUAAAGCUCAUAAUUUAAAGGUGGAAAUUAUUAUUUAAAUAUGAGGGUUGCCUAAUUUUAGGAAUCUCGAGUUUUCAAAUUUUCAAACCCAACAUAGUGAUUUUGACGAAAGCAGUCAAAACAAAUCACAAAAACUUCACACACGCCUUAAAGCUGCUCAAAUUUGCAUUUCGAUGCUUUUCAAAAAUUAACUAAAAAAAAUCGUAUCACGGAGGGAAGAAAUUCUAAAUUUUGAUUGAGUUAUUAAUUUGGAAUUUUAUUCUGGCUUAUAUUUUUCGAACAAAAACAGAGCUAUGAAUUCAGAUCCAGCUAUAAGAAAAGUGGUGCAAGUGGCCGAACAAGCCCAAUUGCCUGUACACGUGCCUGUGGUCUUGGGCAAUGAAUGCUUCAUCAUAACACAACAGGAUGUGCGUAGAAUUGAGGAUUCAAGAGUAUUUUCUUAUAAUAAGAUGAAUGCCAAAGGAGAAUUUGUACGAAUGGAUACUGCGGAUCCCAAUAAUGGCGCACGCGAUACUUUUUUGGCGAAUAUACGGCAGCCGACUGCGACCUGUAAUCAGCUAAACAUGGGUAUGCUGUCCGAACUGAUAGCGCGUGCGUGCAAUGUUGCCGCAACAAUACAACAGCAGCAACAAAUACAUCAACAGCAACAAUUGCAACCAGCCACACAAAUGGCAAUGCCUGAUUUGGUGCAAUACGUCCAACCAGGACAACUAAUACCAACCAUUACAGUUACACCAGCGCCAUUAACUGAUUUUUCACCAGCUACAGCAACCCUGCAACAGCAAUUGGAAUGGGCAAAGGCUAGCAACAAUAUGCUGACACCAACUUCAAUGUACCCAUUGCAUCACACUUCAGCCACAUCGACAACGGAAAUUGAACAUUCACCGUAUGCGCCACGAUCUACAGAGACCAGACGUCAGUACUGUACGCGCGCAUGUAAUACCAUGGACGUAGAUGAGAACUUGUUGCCGUUUUCAUAUUCUCCACACAUAUCACGAUCGGCAAACUGCUUGGGCGCGCGCCAACAAGCGAAACAACGUAAAAUGGCACAGUCCGGUUACUAAUUGCGAUUGAAAAAACAGACACC